GCUUAGCCUAUUUUUCAAAAAGGAAGAUGAUUUAUGACAAUCACAUAGCCUUGAUUGUGUACAUCACCAUGACAAAAUUAAUGUAAAAUCAGUUGUUUCACGUUUCAAUCCCAUCACAUCUGGUGAACAUCUCAACACCAUCAUGGCCUUAAAACACAACAAAAUUUCCCGUGAAAUAUCUCGACAAGUCAACAGAUAUUUAACCGUCAAGUCAGAUGCAUCAAUCAAACCCGAACCACAAAAUAUUCAAAAUGACUCAAACUUGCGAUACGCUCUAUCCAACAUCGAAAAACCCAACUUACCGCAGAUCGAAUUUGCCAAAGAUUUUGACGAAGUACCUGAAAAAAUGAAGCAUUUACAACCAUCGAUGCUUCCCAGUUUUAUAGAUCUCCAGCAAACAUCGGAGCGGGUAGUUGACAAGUGGGCAGACAGUUUCGUAAAAAGAAAUAUGCAGCCUCCAUUCCCAGAACCACUUAAAGAAAUACCUGUAUCGAGGCAACCUGAGAUCAGAGAGCCUGGAAUACGUCUCACGUUGAAACCUAACAAGUUUGGAUACACCAGAAAGUGAAUGAAAACGACGAUCUUCUAUAACUCAAUUGUGUGUGUGCAAAAGCUACAUUAGCGAUUGGGUUGCGUAAUGUGUAAUUUCGUUAGGGAAGUCAGUCUCCGCACAAGAAACUUCCACACAACUACGCAUAAGUCUCCAUUCAAGACGAUAGCCAGGCUGUUUGCUUCGCAGCAUAAUAGUAAAUGUGGAAAAAAGGACGAAUGUGAACCAAAGCCGAAGAAAUGUAAGAAAAACCUAGAGUGCCCCAACUUUGUAAUGGAAAACUGCCCCCCCGCACAUUUUAGGAUUGGCUGCAAACGAGAAUACGAAGAGCCGGAGUGCAAGAAAGUAAACGCGCCAUACAAGAGCUACAGCGAGCUGUGUGCCCAACGGCUACCAGAUGACCCAUCCGAAUGCAUGCAAUGCCCUUGGCAGAGGUGCGGUGGAGUAGAUGAUAUCAAACCACCCAAGAGGAAGUACCACACUACUACGCUUGCACAAACUCUGAACUCUAGCCAGGCUGCACCUGAAUUCUUUUACGACUGCGAUGCCAAAAAGAAACCUUGUCGCCCCCCACCACCAAAAUGCAAAAAGGACCCUUGCCAGAAGGAGCCGUGCCCCGAAGAGAAAAGGCGCUGCCCGAAUCCUUGCGGCCUUGGAAACACCUCGUAUAACAGGAAGAAGUGUUCCAAUUGGACGGCCGCCUUCCGCCUGUGGAGUGACAAGGAAAACAUCCUGGCUAACAAGGAGUGGCUGGACAUGCAGGUGAUGCCUAUCGUUGAGAAGAUGAACAAGGACCAAGGAAUGCUUUGCAAAAAGGGAAAAAAGAAGCAACGACCUGACCAAGGCCAUCCUCCACCAUGUCCAGAAAAACCCGUAAACCCAGGCGAAACUUGCAAAAAAGAACAACCAAAACUGCCUUACAGGAAAGAGCGCGACUUCAAGAAAUCCUACUACAAGAGGCCUGAUGAACCUUAUUCUGAUUUUCAUGAUUACUAGAGAAAAUAAUGCACGCCGAUGUUUUGGAUUGUUACUUUGGUAGCCAAUGAGUCAAAAGUAUGCAUAAAAACUAUACAAUCUUGGCGACAAACAAUGCAAUGUAAACAUCUGGCUUGGAUCCUUCUAAUCUAUUCGAAUUCGUUGGUCUCCACUUCCUUUGGUAUACGUAUGUGAGUGGGCAACCUAAGUAACUGAAGCGACGUGAUAGGAAACGUUGCAACAUUUAUCAUUUGCACACAUCAAACGAGGCAGGCCGCUUCCCUUUGUAUGGAACCCGUGGGAGGGUACUAAUUUGAUUGUAGAGGUGUUUUAAAACGACCGUUAGACGACAUGCGCGGCUUCAAAUCUGUGAAAAAGCAGACGCGUCACAAUACAAGCAUCGCUAAAAACAUAACUGAUCCUAGAUCUGCUGUAGAUGCUAGAGGACGUGGCAGUUUGGCGAAGGAAGGACUGACAGGAAUGCAGCAGCUCUUCUGAAGGCAGCAACAAAUCGGAAGAUCCCAAGAUUCAGGUUUGGUCGUUACAGGUGUUUUGUAGAUUGAAUGUGGAACAAUAAAGAAACUAAAAAACUGGAAA